AUGGCCCAAACUGCUCAAAUCGCAAGUGCUACACAGAAAAGCUUCAAAGUGGUCGUCCUCAUGGAAGCAGAUCAAUUGACCAGAGAUGCUCAGCAUGCCCUUCGACGUACUAUGGAAAAAUAUUCGAUGACUUGUCGUCUAAUUCUUUGCUGCGAAUCUCUGAGUCGAAUUAUUGGUCCGUUGAAGUCCAGAUGUAUGAUUGUUAGAGUGGGCGCCCCUACGGAUGAAGAGGUUCGUGAUGUGUGUAUAUCAGUCGCAGAAAGAGUCAGACUUACGGUCCCGGAUUCUGUUAUGGACCAGAUAGUGACGAAAGCACGAGGGAAUCUGCGACGUGCAUUGUUAUCUAUGGAAGCGGUGAAAAGGAAGGGAGUACCUAUUAAAGACACUGAAAAGGUGCCUGAACCAGAAUGGGAGAUCUACCUUCGAGAAACUGCCGAUUUGAUGAUCAAAAAGCAAAAUAAUGAAAACAUCCUCGCAGUGCGAGAACGCUUGUAUGAACUGAUCUCUCGUUGUAUACAACCGAAUCUCAUAUUUUCGUAUCUACUUCGAGAGUUGCUGAAGCGCACUCCGUCAUCAGCUAGGCGGGAAGUGAUCGAGAUGGCUGCUCUCUAUGAACAUCGGCUCACAAGAGGACAGAAGGCCAUUAUUCACCUCGAAGCUUUUGUUGUCGCAUUCAUGGACAUCUAUCUGAACAGCAUUAACUCCUAA